AUGCUGCGUCCUUUCCCGUCCGGCUUCUCCGCCGCUCUGCUCUCCGCCAACUCAUCCAGUCCAGGGUCCAACGCUCACAGUGCCAGAGAGGCCUACGGUAUUUCGGAAAAUAUCGAGCCGUACUGCACCGCGUGCUGGGGGCUUCGAGUGGCCGAUUGGAACGUCGACGCCUCGCAACACGCAAUGCACGCAAUGCACGAACUGCCAGCUUCGAUCUCGAAGCGCUGCCCAGGAUCUCGUUCAACACCUACACUCAACUUGGCCAGUGCUUGGCUGCGGCAGCUGAACGCCAUCAACCUCACCUACGACGCCGAACUAUGUGUGACCACUACCAACGCCACGCCAUGCCUCCUGCCGAAAGCAGCCGGCUCCAGCUAUGUGCAAUCGGCUCUCAACGCCGUCCGUCCAUCGCCGACAACCACCAACACUUUUUGGCUCUCCAUCCGCCGCUCUUCCACUUCAUCAACCAGCACGGCCCUCGUCCUUCUCUGCCAGCUGCACACACGCCCCACCUUCUCGGCGCUCGCUAGCCAUACACCAGCAUCGAGCCUCCAGUCGCCCACGACCAACCCCCCUUUCGCUGGCUCCAACGCAUCCCACCACUUCUCCACAUGCCCUGAAGCAGUGCCUAGCGUCGGCCGUCGACUCGCUUCGACCCCCACAGCCAUGUCAGAGAUAGACAGCUUCGACCACUUUGAUGGCGCCUCGGCCUACGGCGCCACCAGCUCCGACUACUCGUAUACAGACGCCUCCUCGCGCUCCUCCGUCCGUGACAAUGGCCACAGGCACUCCAAGCCACGCACCGACCAGCGCAGAACCAAGCAUAUCGACCUCGACCUCGAUCUCGAAGCCAUCAGCGAUCUCCACCUCACCGAGCACGACAUCGACCCGACGCGCUCGCACGCUCAGCCGCACGACGCCAGCCACGCCCAUCUCACCUCGUCCCACGGCGCAGCUCAGGCCGACUCGGAUGCUUUCGGACAAGAGUCCGCGGCGGCCUCGUCUUCGCUCCAGCCUCUGCCAGAACACGCUUGCGCCUACUGCGGCAUCUUCAACCCCGCUUGCGUCGUCAAGUGCCUCGUCUGCAACAAGUGGUUCUGCAACUCGCGCGGCUCCACCUCGGGCUCGCACAUUGUCAACCACCUCGUCCGUGCAAAGCACAAGGAGGUCUGCCUCCACGUAGAGUCGCCCCUCGGCGAGACCACGCCUGAAUGCUACAACUGCGGCGCCAAGAACGUCUUCCUCCUCGGCUUCAUCCCCGCAAAGAGCGAGACCGUCGUCGUGCUGCUCUGCCGCCAGCCGUGCGCAGCCAUGUCCAACUCCAAGGACGUCAUCUGGGAUACCAGCCAGUGGUCGCCGCUCAUCGAGGAUCGCUGCUUCCUCACCUGGCUCGUCAAGGUGCCCACCGAGCACGAACAGCUCCGCGCGCGCCCCAUCACGCUGCAGCAGAUCAACCGCCUCGAGGAGGUGUGGAAGGACAAUGCAAACGCCAGCCUCGAAGACCUCGACAAGCCGGGCGUCGACGAGGAACCCAACGGCAUCCUGCUCCGAUACGAAGACGCCUACCAGUACCAAAACAUCUUUGGCCCGCUCGUCAAGAUCGAGGCAGACUACGAUCGCAAGCUCAAGGAGUCCCAGACCCAGCAGGAUCUCGUCGUCCGUUGGGACCAGGGUCUCAACCAGAAGCGCAUCGCGUGGAUGAUGCUGCCCAAGCUCGAGAGCGGAGAGGUGCGUCUGGCCGUCGGCGACGAGCUCAAGCUGCGCUACCGUGGCGAGAUGGCGCCGCCCUGGGAAGGCGUCGGCCACGUCAUCAAGAUUCCCAACAACGUCUCGGACGAGAUCGCGCUGGAGCUCAAACGCUCCGAUGGCGUGCCAGACCACUGCACGCACAACUUUUGCGCCGACUUUGUGUGGAAGGCGACGUCGUUCGACCGCAUGCAGAGCGCCAUGAAGACGUUUGCCGUCGACGAGGAGAGUCUGAGCGCGCCCAUCUAUCACAAGCUGCUCGGGCGCGACAUCGAUCAGGGCAUGUUGCGCACCACCAUGCCCAAGCGCUUCAGCGCACCCGGCCUGCCCGAGCUCAACCACAGCCAGGUGAAUGCGGUCAAGAGCGUGCUCAAGAAGCCGCUCAGCCUCAUCCAGGGCCCGCCCGGAACGGGCAAGACGGUGACGAGUGCUUCGAUCGUGUAUCAGCUCAGCAAGAUGAAUCCGGGUCCCGUGCUGGUGUGUGCGCCGUCGAACGUGGCGGUGGAUCAGCUGACGGAGAAGAUCCACGCGACGGGCCUCAAGGUGGUGCGGCUCACCGCCAAGAGCCGCGAGGCGCUCGACAGUCCGAUCGGCUUUCUCACGCUGCACGAGCAGGUGGCGAACAACGACACGCACGUGGAGCUGCAGAAGCUCAUCCAGCUCAAGAACGAGCAGGGCGAGCUGAGCAGCAGCGACGAACGCAAGUACAAGGCGCUGACGCGUGCGUGCGAAAAGGAGAUCCUCAGCACCGCCGAUGUGAUCUGCUGCACGUGUGUGGGAUGCGGCGAUCCGCGGCUGUCCAAGAUCAACUUCCGCACGGUGCUGGUGGACGAGGCGACGCAGGCGGCCGAGCCCGAGUGCAUGAUCCCGCUCGUCAUGGGGUGCAAGCAGGUGGUGUUUGUGGGCGACCAUCUGCAGCUGGGGCCGGUGAUUAUGAACAAGAAGGCGGCAAGGGCGGGCCUGAGCCAGAGUCUGUUUGAGCGGCUCAUUAUGCUGGGCAACCGACCGAUCCGACUCGAGAUCCAGUACCGCAUGCAUCCGUGCCUGUCCGAGUUCCCGUCCAACAUGUUCUACGAGGGCACGCUGCAGAACGGCAUCACGGCGCAGGAGCGGCUGCGGGCCAAGGUGGAUUUCCCCUGGCCGGUGCCGUCGCUGCCGAUGAUGUUCUUCCAGAACCUGGGGCAGGAGGAGAUCUCGAGCAGCGGCACCUCGUUCCUCAACCGCACCGAGGCGUCGAAUGUGGAGAAGAUCGUCACGCGCUUCUUCAAGGCGGGCGUGGAGCCGUGGCAGAUCGGGAUCGUGACGCCGUACGAGGGCCAGCGCAGCUACAUUGUGAACCACAUGCAGCUGCACGGAUCGCUCAAGAAGGAGCUGUACAAGGAGGUGGAGGUGGCGAGCGUGGAUGCCUUCCAGGGUCGAGAGAAGGACUACAUCAUCCUUAGCUGCGUGCGCAGCAACGAGCACCAGGGGAUUGGAUUCUUGAGCGAUCCACGACGACUCAACGUGGCGCUGACGAGGGCGCGGUUCGGACUGGUGAUCCUGGGCAAUCCCAAGGUGCUCAACAAGCAUCCGCUGUGGCACUACCUGCUGGUGCACUACAAGGAGAAGGGAUGCCUGGUGGAGGGGGUGCUGUCGAAUCUGCAGCCGAGCAUGAUGCAGUUUCCUAAACCGCGUCGGCCGCUGCAGAAGCCGGGAGACCUGAUGGCGCGGCAUCGGCAUGAUCUGGGUGGUGAAGGUCGCGAGGUGGGAAGGGCUGGAGAGGGAUUCUUCCGGACGCACGAUCCGAUGUCGUUCAUUCCGAGCGAUGCACAGAGCGUGACGAGUCUGGGCACGCAGGCGACGUAUCCGUCUGCGCAUCUGGGUGGCGUGCAUGGGGCGUAUGCCAGCAGCAUCGUCAGCCAGGACGUCGACGAGGAGAGCGUGGGUGGCGCGGCGUCGGCGGCGAGCAUCACGUACAGCCAGAGCGACCGCCUCCAGCGCCGACUGAGCCUCAGCAGCAUCGGCGCCGCCUCGGACGCCACCAGCUUGGACAACUACAAGGGCGACGCAGACUACUAUGGCGCUACCGACGACGAUGGUGCCUCGACGUUUUCGGCGGCCAUCUCGCAGUCGUCGUUCACCACGUUCUGA